AAGUGCGUUCCGGCGUUUUUCCCUGAAUGAAAUCGUUUCCAUCGCUACCGUACCACAACAAACUGCGACCAUCGAAGCCGAACAAGAAUUUCGAACGCUCAGUCUCAAUAUGAUCAUCGCGAAAGAUGUCACCGCGCUGCCGUUCCUUCUACUUCUCUUCGCGAUUUCCAUACACGCGACAGCAAUUUACUUCGAAGAAGAUAUAAACGAUUGCUGCGAUGGGGAGACAUGCAUGGAGAUAGGAUUUUGUCCGAGCGCCAUCGAAAUUGUCAAUAAAAGGCAGAAGCCAAAACCAUGUGGUUUCAUCGGAAAAGUACCCUUCGUCUGUUGCCCAGACAAAGUUGCAAAUAAUCCUGUCUAUGUGGUACUUAACAUCGCUAAUGCAGCAGCAGAAAGUAGAAUAAAUUCAUCAGCAUCAUCAACAACAACAUCCACAACAACAUCUACAACAGCAAGUACUACUACAACUACAACAAGUGGUCCAAUCGAAAUUGCAACGACUUUGAGCAAUGAUCUGACAGUUGUAGAAACGACAUUUGCAAAUACUGAAACGACACCAAUUCUGAAUCUACCACCAUCAACGACCAUUAAAAGUACUGAAUAUGUUGUGGGAUCCAAAGUUAAGCAACAAUGCGACAAGACAUAUGACAAAUUCACCUUUGAUGAAUAUGGAAAAGUCAUAUAUACCACUUCGAGAGACAAGCCUACUUUGAUCGAAAAUUCACCACAUGCGGCGGCUUUGGGUAAUCAAAAAGGCGAUAACAUCGAAUGGCUGUGCGCCGGAAGUUUGAUCAGCGAGAAAUUCGUAUUGACCGCAGCGCAUUGCAUUGAAAACAAUACAAUUAAUUAUGUUCGUGUGGGCGAUUCUAACUUGACCAGUAACACAGAUAAACUCGAUCCCCAAAACUUUACGGUUGUCAACGCAAUUAUGCAUCCAAACUACACGAAACCACUUAGAUAUCACGAUAUAGGCGUAUUGGAGCUGGACAGACCCAUCAUCGUUAACAAAUUCGCAAAACCGGCUUGCCUUCAUUUUAAUGAACGAAUUUCAGAAACCAACCUUAAAUUGGUGGGAUUUAACGACAAUAGUGCGACUAAUUUCCUUUAUACCUUAACAGUUGCCGAAGCAGACAAGAGAGUUUGCAAUUUCCAUUUCAAUUUACCUAUGUAUAAAGAAUUAUUACCGGACGGACAAGAUUUAAAAACGCAGAUUUGCGCUAGUGGUUUUCUCAAAUUUUCUCCUUGCCAGCGCGAUACCGGUGGCCCCAUGCAGGUCCACAAUUGGGCUUAUACUGAAGGAAGAUUACUGAUUGGAGUCACAUCCAUUGAGAAACUCUGUAAUGGCAAAAACGCUCCUGGACUUUACACGCGAAUUUCCUAUUACAUCCCGUGGAUCGAGUCCGUCGUGUGGCCAGAUCUCUAAACGUUUUGUUUCUCUCCGCUUGAUAAUGUUGAAUGUUUUAUUAGGUUCGAGAAGCAGUCUCUUUACAUUUUUGCUUAUAUCCCGAAAAUUAUGCACUUUUUAAUAAUCAAAUUAAAGCUAAAUAUCCACUCUUUCAAAUGUGUAAACGUCAAUAUUUGUGUAUUUGUUAUUUAGACGUAAUUCA